AUGAACAUCUCUCUAAUUGACCUCACGCUCUGCUUUAUCUGUUUCGCUUCCGCUGCGACCGCCCAACCCCAACUACCCGCGCAGUACCCUAACCAACUGACGCGUGAUGGGAACAUCGUUGUUCUACCCGACCACGGUACCGCCUAUAUUGUUUCCGAUCUGCAUGCACACUGGGACGAUUUUAACCAAUGGUUGCAACUCACGAAACUUGUUGAGCGGAUUCAAGCGGACGAAGAUGUUUACGGAUUGAUACUCGGUGAUGCAAUCGAUUAUAAGCCCGAUGAACCGAAACAUCCGCCUUAUGGAGAUACACUCAUCGUUGACCGGAUUAUGGAACUCCAGAGACAACUUGGCGAUAAGGGUGAAAGGAUCAUCUAUCUCCGAGGAAAUCAUGAAUUCGCUGCCACAGAUGCCUAUGCGAUGCUCAAAAGACAGGGGAUGACAGCACGGAGCCAGGAGCACUUUAUUCGACUUUUAUAUGAAAGUCCUCUCGGUGCCUAUUAUAAGCAGUUCAAUUUUAUUGAAAGAAUGACAGACACACACUAUGAAUUCCUGAUGAAUCUGCCAACAGUGGUUGUUGGAAAAAACGGCUUCGUCGGUGUUCAUGGGGGCCCUGGGCGUUUUGUCACAAGCCUUGCGGAUCUGGUCAAUCCGAACCCCAAAACCCUUGAGGAACUUCUUUGGCAUCGUCCAGAGAUCGCUUAUAGUGGUGGAUACACCUUAACGCAUAUUAAAAAUUUCCUUGAAGCCAUCCACGGGAAUAUCCUUAUCGUUGGACAUACCCCAAUUCACUAUUUUCCAAAGCGGAAUGUCAGAGAUGGUAUAGCGACGUUUGGCGAAAGUCAACUCAUUUUUUCGACGGGCUACAGCGGUCGCCCCGGAAUUCCUGCGUACAUUGAAAUUGACUUGGCAGAGACGUAUCCGUCCGUAAAUGCGCUGAAAUUAGGAACAAAUAUCCAUCACCUUUAUAGUGAAACUCGAAAGCCAAAAUCGGACUAA